UAAUCCCCAGCCUCACCAAAUUAAAUAGAAAAAAAUUCAGUUCAUUCAACAAGAAAUACAGUUCCCUAGCAGUAAUUAAAGCAGAAAAAUGAAGCCAGUGAUGCAGGAAAACAAGGAGAAAGUUGACACGAAAAACGUCGACAAAAUUAAGUAUAUAGAAAGAAAAUUAACAGAAAAAGGAGUGCAGAGAUUGGAAAGACAUCCAGCAGAUGGGCUACCAUUGAAACACGGUCCAAAAAAGGGCCAUGGCGGAAAGUUUACAUGGGAAGGACCUGAUAAGGAAGCGGAAAAUGAAAUGGAGCCAGCGCCGCCGGCAUUGGACGAGAAGGAUCCGAACUAUGUGGAUGAAAUAGCAGAGGAAAAGUUGAUGAAAGAGGAGGAAAUUGGAGGAGUUGUGGUGGGGAAAGUUGAAGUGGCAAAAGUGGCUGAAGAAGGUGUUGCUAGAGUUGAAAUUGAUCCUAAUUUGAAGGUUAAUUAGAUUUGUUGAUUAAAGAUUAGUGACUUGUGUAAUUAAGGAGAGAAGUGAAAAUGAUGUGAAUCGUGUUUUGUUUCAUGUAAUGUAAUAAUAAGUACAGUUUUCUUUGCUAAUUUAAUCGAAAAAUCAUUGCCCCUUUUCACUCA